GCUCAUCAACCGUAUACCAAAGUAAGCAGCUCAGCCGCUCAGCACUUGUUAUUCUUGCUAUUGAUGAUUGGGGUUAUCUUUUGCUCCCACAUUUUCUACCUGAUUCUCAUAUUCGCGGUCACCAAUGACGGAGAUAGAAUACAUCUGACUCUGACAGGUCCUAGAAUCCGAUGUGCCUCUCUUCCCCCGACCGCGUUUCUUCGAGGGUAGCCGUCUCAACUUUGCGGAGAACUUGCUCUACCCCGCGACCAACCCCCGCGAAGAGGAUAUUGCCAUUAUUGGCGCCACGGAGACCAUCCGUGAAUACGUCUCAUGGAAGGAAUUGCGCGAACGAGUGCGACAAUGUGCAAAUGGCCUGAGGGAAGCAGGUGUGCAGAUCGGAGACCGGGUGGCAGGCAUUCUGGGCAACAAUAUCAACACGGUCGUUGCGAUGCUGGCCACCACCGCUAUCGGUGCAUACUGGACGGCGGUAUCUCCAGACACGGGCGUCCACGCCGUGCUGGAACGUCUGAGGCAGAUCGAGCCGAAGAUCCUGUUCGCGGAUAAUGCGUCCACGUAUAACGAGAAAGUGCACGACACUCACGGCAAGGUCAAAGAGGUGGUCGAGCAGUUGCCCUCCCUCGAGCUGGUGAUCAUCUUUGAAGCUGUCAAGGGACACACCUUUGACUUGACCUCGAUAAAGCCGCAGGCGGGCCGCGUGAGCGCUUAUAAUGAUCUCUUGUCCACGAUACGGGAGCCGACAGCUCCUCUCCGCUUCGAGUCUCUGGAUCCCGAGCAUCCUGUUUACAUACUGUACUCGUCCGGUACAACAGGCGCCCCCAAGCCGAUUGUGCAUGGCGCGCUGGGGACACUCCUGCAACAUAAAAAGGAACAUGUCCUACACAGCGAUAUCCGUCCAGGGGACCGCCUGUUCUACUACACCACCACAACGUGGAUGAUGUGGCACUGGCUUGUCUCGGCCCUGGCAAGUGGUGCUACAAUCAUCGUCUAUGACGGCUCCCCCUUCCGGCCCUUGGACCCCGAAGGUGGUAAGGGCGAAAUGGCCAUGCCCCGAAUCAUCGAUGAACUUGAGAUCACGCAUUUCGGCACGUCUGCCAAGUACCUAUCCAUGCUGGAACAGGCAUCGUUGAACCCAAGACAGCAUCCCCAUCGUCCAGCAUCUCUGAGAACACUACGGGCGAUUUUCAGCACUGCCUCUCCAUUGGCACCUUCAACCUUUGAGUACGUCUAUUCCUCUUUCCACCCCGACAUCAUGCUGGGUUCCAUCACCGGCGGCACGGAUAUUCUUUCAUUAUUCGGAGCCAGCUGUCCCAUCCUGCCCGUCCACAAGGGCGAGAUCCAAUGUCGAGGCCUAGGAAUGGCCGUCUCCAUAGUCGACUAUGCCGGCAAUGACAUCAGCUCCACCAACGAACCUGGCGAUCUGGUUUGCACGAAACCAUUCCCCGUCCAGCCUGUCAUGUUCUGGCCGCCUGGCCCCAUUGGCAGCGACAAAUACCGAAAAAGCUACUUUGACGCCUUCGGUCCAUCCAUAUGGCACCACGGUGACUUUGCCCGAUUAAACCCCCACACCGGCGGAUUGGUGAUGCUCGGCCGAAGCGACGGCGUUCUCAAACCAGCCGGAGUCCGAUUCGGAAGCGCAGAAAUCUACAACGUCAUUCUAAAGCAUUUCGCAGACGAAGUCGAAGACUCCCUCUGCAUCGGACGCAGAAGAGAAGGCAUCGAUACAGACGAGACAGUCGUCCUCUUCGUGAAGUUGACUUCACCAUCCACUCCAAUCUCUCAAGACCUAGUAGCGCGCAUCCAAGGAGCCAUCCGCAAGGAACUCAGUCCACGCCACGUCCCCGGCAUCGUGGAUGCCUGUCCAGAGAUCCCCGUUACGUCGAAUGGAAAGAAAGUUGAAAAUGCAGUAAAGCAGAUUCUUUGUGGGUUGAAUAUCAAGACUGGUGCAAGUGUCGCUAAUGCUUCUUGUCUUGACUGGUACCGAGACUGGGCUGCAAAACAUCCUUAGAUAGAGUAUCGGUCGGUCCUUUGGUAUCGUUCUAGCUCUUUCGUUUUAAAAACAGAACUCUAGAUAAAUAGAGAGUACAUAUAGAUGGAGGGAACUCGCUUCUUUCCUUUUAAACAAAAACAAAGAAACAAAGAAAAAAAAAGACAGGCAAAUCAACUAUUAUAUAUAUCCAACUCUACCAUACAAAAAGCAAAGUCCCCUCAGAUAGACCCCAACUUUCGAUCCACUAUACUCUAGAAGUAUCAGC